AAAUUUUUUUUCUGACCACUUUAAGAUGGUCAAAGUGUCUUAAAAAAACAUAAUAUUAAUACUGCAAUGUGCGAUUACCAUUACUACGUAUGACUGCCACACAAUGUUCCUGUACUUCUGUCAGUAUUUUGUUUCUCAUGCUUGUCUGUUUUAUAUCAAAACUUUUAGAAGCAAAACGAAAGCUCCCACACGAAGAAAAUUGCCGUGCGCGAAAGAUCCCGAGGUUAGCAAAGGAUGUUGGUAAGUAAUCUUUUCUGAUCUUUUUAUAGGAUUAGAGUUUUACUUCUAUAUUUUGAUCUCAUAAAAAUGAUAUUUUUUGUUCCGAUUUUGAUCGACUUUUUCAGUUUAGGUGGGUAGAGCUGCUCUCGAUUGAUCGAUUAAUUGAUUAUUUCUAGUAAUCGAUAAUUCUUAGCAAUAAUAUAGAACCACAAACCAGCUGUGGCUGUUUACAUGGAGAGUUUUAAGCUGGGGCUGAAAUUUCAGCCCAGCCUAUAAGAUCGAUAAAAUCAUGUUAAAACACAGCAAGUGAUUUCCUGAAAUUUCAGCCUGGUUGAAACUACCAUGAAGGGUGAAAAUUUUAUCCCGGUAGACCAGGCUGUUCAAAAGUCGUCAUGUAAUCAACAGGAAAUUUCAGCCCGCGGUGUUGAAAAAACAAUCUCUUACGUGGCGUUAUUUUUGCCUAUAUACUGACAAUAUACUGUUUUUGACUGUACUAAAUCAAAUAAUUGACAUAGACAACAUUUUAAAUUCUUCAAAGAAGCAGAAUAGCUCUAUUUGGAGACUUGGCUGUUUCAGCCCAGGUUGAGAUUUUAUCCCGGUUUGAGCUGAAAUUUGAACUCAGUUUAGGCCGAAACUUGCCACGUAAUCGGAAAACAAUUUUAGCUCUGUGUGACAACUCUAUAUGUAAUCAGCCCCUUUCCCAUUGAAAAAAAUAUAAGGAGGUGGUAUUGUCGAUAUGAGGAAAUAACAAAUAUUAAUUAUUAAUUCAUCAUAUACUGUACACCAAUAUUGAAAAGGGCUUAUUAAAGAUGUGGUAAUAAUUUUCACAUUAUCAAACAACAGGAAAGCGCUGAGUGUUGUUCGUUGAAAUGUGAAUAAGAUUACAUUUUUCGUCUUGAACACAAUUUAAUAUCGUGUUUGUUAUAUCAUUUUUAUAGCGGUCACAAAUGAACAAAGUGAUUCACUAUCGUUCUUUCAAAAGGUCACAAAAUUUGUUGGGAGUUUUUGGCCCAGUUCGUUCAAAGAGAACAAUCCCUUGGAUAACAACACAACUACUGGUGAAAGGAAAAACGGACCCAACUCGCACUCUUCUAUUAACAAGUCAAGAAUUUCAAGUGCUGUUAGAAGUACGUAUUAUACAUGCACUUUACCGCUUUUAAUAAAACUUUAAUUUGAGAAAGGUGUAGGAAAUAUUGCAUGGACAUGCGAAUACAAACUUAAUUAUAACUGGCCAAUUUGUUAAAAUAUUUCAACCAAUGGAAAUUGGGUAGUAUCCUCCAAUUCUAAAACUUAAUUCUUCCGAAAUAAUGCAGUAGACUAAAAUGCUUAUAAUGAAUUACUCCCUGCAUGUGCUUGAAUUUGGGAUUCCAGUCCGCCCUCUAUACCUAUUGACCUGUCGAGCCAACAGAGAUUACAUGCGAGGUUUACUCGUUUUAAUUGCGUGAAAUAUUGAAAUCGCUUUCCAUGCGAGGAUGUACAUUAGAGCUGUGCGACGGAGUACAGGAGCCGGAGCUCUGGCAUAUUUUGCUGGAGCCGGAGUUGGGAAACUCCGGUAGACAUAAUUAUGAAAAAUUAUUUCAUAUCUCAUUCAACUCUAUGAACUUUUGGUAAUGGAAAAAUUAAGUUGAAUGAUUUGAAGUUACCAUAAAGUUUAAUUACUUGUUCAAAUCCGAUUCGUGGCUUCGAAAAUUCUGCAAGCGCAUUGCUAUCGCUUUUGAUACAAAAAUCCGCUGACCCCGAUGUAUUUUGGGCGAAAAUACCACGCUGCCAUGCGGUGUUACGUGGUAAAUAACCUUUUCAACGGGGGGUCGAAUACAGAAGAGUUAUUCCGAAAUACAGUAGAAUUAUUUCUCCUAAAAUAUAAUAGCUCAAGGCCAGAACUGUUUAUAAAGUCUCGUAGGAUACUGUAAGAGGCGAAAAUAGAAUCCGUACAUUUCUGAUUCUUUGUAGGUGCCACUAGAUCCAGUCCUCGCCGACGUCGUCAACGUCAUCGUACAACGAACAACGAUAGUCGAAUGUUACAGCAACUUCAUGUUACAUCUCCGUUACGACGUAGUCCUAGAGUUGUCACACUCCAUUCGCCUAAGAAGGUACAUAUAUCU